AUGCUGGUGCUGCAGAUGCCCGAAAGCCCGCCCAAAGGCAAGCGCUACAUUCACACACCGGGCAACGAAGCCGCCUUUGCGCAGCUUCCAGUGCCCGGCACGUUUGUCGUCGCGGGCGCAGCUCCGCCCCCGGCGCGCGCUUACUUGCCCCCUGAGGCCUCGAUGCGCCGCUCCAUUGGCCGAUCUGCGCUCAUGACGUUGCGCAGAGAGCCGCGCUGUACCCCGACAAGAUCGUUCCCGUACGACUGCAUGAACGAGGCGCUGGCGCAGCACUGGGUGCCAUUGUCGACGCACGUCGCGACCGAGCUCGCGCACUUGGCCAUUGACGACGUCGGCGACGCUAACACCUUUCGCCUGCGUCCCAGCGCCGGCAGCGGUGUCAACGCAGCCUCCUUUGGCCUCCUCAUCGUAUUGCUGCCGUCCUUGUACAUCGGUGGUCACCUCGCCUUUGCCUACGACGGGAUACCGCAAUCGGCCAACGCUUGCAGCACGACGACGACGGUGUACGCAGCUUCUUUGCUAUCGAUGACCAUCACGUCGACGCGGAUCACGCGUGGGAACCGUGAUGCGCUCGUCGACCGGCUGUACCAUGUCAGGGCCGCGGUGCUCGUACCGCCGGCACCCGACGCGGCUGUCGUGGCUUUCCAGGCGCUCAGCCUCUCGACGAGAGAGCCAUUUCAGCGGCUCGGGCGGGCUCUCUUCGUCUCCCACGAACCACGCUCGUUUGAAUCGCUUGGCGAGUGGAACCGCGCGUUCAUCACAAUGCUUGUCGCCUCCGGUGCAUAA